AUGUCAGCUAAUACACACAAAUUGAAUAUUUUAAAUUUAAACGACUACAUACUAUUAAAUAUAUUUCGAUAUUUAAAUUUAACUGAUUUAUGGUUAAUAAGCAAGACAUGCCAACGAUUACACGACAUCGUUCAAACUAAAUAUUUAUGGUAUAAAAUUGACGCUAGAGAUCUUACAAACAAUAAUGAGAAAAUUGACUUUUGCAUUGAUAAAAUAACCAAUACCACCGAAGAUGUUAGAAUAAGUGCGGAUGGGAGACACAUUAAACUAAUUCCGGAUAACUUUUUCUUAAAUAUAUCUACUUUAAAUCUGUCGGUUUUAGCUUUGGAAAAUAUGAAAAUUGACGGAAAUAUGUUGAAAUUAAGAGAUUUUCCAGAAACUUUAAUCGAAUUGAGUUUAAAAAAGACCUAUGUAACAAAUACGUUCGAAUUGCAAAAAUACUAUCCCGAGCAAUUAAAAAAUUUAAAAGUAUUUAUAUUGGAUCAGUGUUUCUGGGUUAACCUUUCUAUACUAGACAGAUUAGAAUCACUAAAAUCACUAGAAAUUUUAUCACUGUAUAAGUGCAAAGGAUUAUAUGAUGUUGAGUUAAGCAUAACGAAAAAAUUCGAUUCGUUGCGAAUUGUGGAUUGUCGGUUUUCUGGUCUUGGAAAUAUAUUUUUACAAUCCCUCGCUAAAAAGCCAAAGGUACAAGAAAUUUAUUUCCAAGACUAUCUCACUACAUAUUUCGUGGAAAAGGAUGCACGCGAAGUAGAAAUAGCUGACAACUCCCAAAAAUUAAAAAAUAGUUAUGUUUCUGAUCUUGACGAUAUCGCUCUUUGGAAUGAAGAUAUUUUACACAAUUUUGUUGGUUCUACUUCUACAAUUGAGAAAAUUCCGUAUGGACAUCUAUCUGAAACUAGCAUCAAGGAGUAUUCUUCAGCCAAACCAAUUCAAGGCUGUUAUACUUUUCAAAGCACUUUAUAUAAGAGGCCAUAUGAUGAAUGUACUUGUCAAAAUAAUCCUAACAUAGCUGCAAGGAUUGUUGUUGAAAGAAAAAAAUUAACUGUUUCUGAUGACGAUAUCGAACGAAAAGUUUGUAAGGGAGGAUUUAUUUACACACUUAAACCUACUGAGAGUUCUAAAAUGAUGGGAAUAAGUAGACUAAAUUCUGCAGAUAUUUCAGAAAACCCAAAUCAAAAUGAAAAAGACAUCGCUGUGUUAGAACAUAGUUCACAUUGGUGGUGGUCACCUCCGAGAGAUUUUUAUAGGAUGGACGUGCCUGGAUCUUUUCUUUGGAGACGUUACCCUCCAAUAGAAAGCAACGAAUAUCAAGAGCCUCAUAAAAUAAACAGAUGUGGAAAUGCAGGAAUGGCAGAGAGUCGUUAUUUAGGACAAUACAACGACGUCAGUUUAAAAAAAUUGUCCCUGAGAGGCUGUUACGGGGUAACUGAUAAAGCAUUGCAUCAUUUGAAACAUUUAAAUUUAUCGCUGUUGGAUGUUACUGGUACCAGAGUAACUGCUGAAGGAGUUAAAAAUUUUGUUUUGGAAAAUGUUGAUUGUAGAGUUAUUCACGAAACUAUGUGUAUAUGUAGACCAAACAUGCAUUUUUAGCCUAUAACUAUAAUAAAUGGCGGAUUUUAAUAAA